GCCGGGCCAGUAAAAAAAGCCGCUCUGCGCGCGCCAGCGGUAACAGUUGUGAUAGCGCAGUGGUAGUGGAUGCAGGUACCAUGGCUGGUGGAAAGGCAGGCAAGGACUCCGGCAAAGCGAAAGCCAAGGCGGUAUCACGCUCGGCUCGGGCGGGACUUCAGUUCCCCGUCGGCCGUAUCCACAGGCACCUCAAGAACCGGACGACGAGCCAUGGGCGCGUCGGUGCCACGGCCGCAGUGUACAGCGCCGCCAUCCUCGAGUAUCUCACCGCCGAGGUACUUGAGUUGGCUGGCAAUGCCUCUAAGGAUCUCAAGGUGAAGCGUAUCACUCCUCGCCAUCUGCAGUUGGCCAUCCGUGGAGACGAAGAGUUGGACUCGCUCAUCAAGGCAACCAUCGCUGGUGGUGGUGUUAUUCCACAUAUCCACAAGUCGCUCAUCGGCAAGAAGGGGUCGCAGAAGCCCGUAUAAAUUUUUUCCCAGUUAGUGUAAAUGUUUGCCCAUAAGGUGUGGCUUAGGCCCAGGGACCUUUGCUGCCAUGGAUGUGCUUGAUUGAUUGUGUUAAAAAAGGAUGCUUGCUUGUGCAUCUCCAUGGCUGAGGAAGAGAGAGAGAGAGAGAGAGAGAUAGAGAUAGAGAGGGGUCCCUUGAUGGAAUAGGGAGGUAUUUCGAGAUGUUUUUGUCAUUUAAAAGUGGCCAGCCUCCCAUAAACCAUUUAAAAGAAAACACGCAUCCCCAAAGACUUUUUUAAAAAUAGGAGUUGCUCUACCUCUUUAAAGAAGGCUUCAUUUUUUUUUAUUUUUGGACACUGGUGAGACAGGAGCUUGAUCACAUUACAUCAAGCAUAUUUGGGGAAUGGCAGUGCUCAAAGAAGGACAGAUAAAAUGUUAAAAGGCCAUAAUUGGUACAAGAUCUUUGUUAAGGAUUGAAUUCCAUGUGUUCAGCUUUUUCUUUUCUGUUUUUUCUUAAUGCUAACUUUUAAAGGAAGAAAUUGUCCGAUUUGGAUUUUAUCAACUUUUUAUUAAGUUUUCAUUUUGUUUAAAUUACUGGGAGUCAAGGGAUAACUUCACAUUCCUCGUUUCCUGGGAGUUGACUAAAAGUUUACCCUUUAUUACUUGAUAAGAAGUACAAUUUUCAGUGUUUUGAUAACAUGUAGAGUAAGUAUCACUAUACAUAUUGUAAUUAGUGCAUUCUCUACAAUAUAAUGUAUAUUCAUUUUUUAA